AUGGCCAGAGGUGUUGGGAACAUCACCGGAGGGAAUGGCUCUGAUUUAGCUGGGUCAAGCCAGAGUCGGGAGUCCAAGAUGAGCAGUAAGCAGGGACGGAGCUGCAUCGACCCUCUAGUUCAAAGUAAUAUGGAAGGUGCCAUGGGCACUGUAGCCCCCACGGGGCUCCCUAAAGCUGACAGCCUACCACACUAUUCCCAUGACAAAGCUUUGCCAAUCAGCAGAGCUUAUUUCCCAUACACUCUUGGUGGACAAGACGCACUUGACUUUCCUUCUCCAUGGGGCCCUUCAAAAACCUGCGUGAGAAAUGGGCCGAGCCCGGGGAUUCACUUAUCGGCCACCGAGGGUUCAAUUCCAGUUCCAACCGUUUACAGGCCUGAUAAAGUGUCCUUCCCUGUAGAUGCUGGUGGUGGACGCUGUGCUGUACAGCAAGAGUUGGCAGCCAAGCAAAGGUUGGCCUAUUAUGCUAGCAGUCCCAGACAGCACAGUCCCAGGGUGGCUGGAGUCAUCUCUCCAGUGGCAGUUCCCAAGGGUCACACUGGAGGAUCAGAUGCAGAAAGCUGUGUUGGGUUGGCUAUUCCAAAACCGGUAUAUGGUCAUAGCUCCUGCUGUACUGAGCGUGGAUGCACCGCAGGGCACUACGGUGUGGAACAUGGACCACAAAGGAUGUCCCCUCGCAUAUAUGACGACGAAUGGGCUGCUCAUUUCAGCCGCCUGGCUUACCUGCAUAAAAAGGGCCAGGAGGCAUUUGCGCAACAGAGGGUUUUGCAGUUCGAGCAUGGCACGGAGGGUAUAAAAGAUGGAAAGACUGAGAUUUACCAUGGUAUUAGAUCAAACGAACCCAGGAGGUCACUUUCUUUAAUGCAACCAAGCUAUACUUACAACACUGCACAUCAAUUUAUUGGUUCCACACCAGAGUACUGCCAGCGUGCCCCAAUUCCCCCACAGAUAUACAAGGGUCUUCCCCACACUUAUGACCCAAGGACAUUGGCACACCGUGGAGUUCCUUCAAAAGUAUAUCAGGACCAUCCUCACAUAUCUAAAUACACACCAAUGCCUCCAUGUCCCACUGUCUAUUACCCUCAGAGUCACCAUGAGGCUUACCAAGCCGAUCCCAAUGUUAUUACAGAUGAGCAUGGUCAGCAUCAUCACAUGGGUCAGUUCCAUUCCCCUCAAGCUGACUUGAUGUCACCGUCCUGCUCUGUUGUACCCCCACACCAUCCGAUAAUCCCAAAAUACCCUACUUAUCAUUCGUAUAGGGUGCAUUUUAAUAGUAACCAAGCACCCAUGCAUGAUAGGCCACACCCACCUUUCUCAGUGCAUCAAUCAGAGCGACCACUUGAUUUCUCCAUACGAAGGGUGCAGACACCUGACUCCCCUUGGGAGCUUUCCAAACAGUCUGGAACCACUGGGGCUUUCCAUCCUUUACCGGCCCACUACAGACGUCUCAGUAACACCACUACCCUUGAAUACUCAGAGAUGUCUGAAACUGGCUUUCUUGUAGGCAGUUCCAAAGAAUUUCCCACAAAGUCCCGUGAAGAUGUACUUAAGAUAAGGCAUUGUGUUUCAGAUCCACCUGAGAAAGAUGUAUUAGCUAAAAGGCCCAGAGAGGAACUUGAAACGGACAUGGCCAGUAAAAGGCAAAAGAUUGACUCAGCCCAUGAGUUGUCAGAUAAUGAGCCUCAGUCACCGUCCUCCCCACCCAUGCCAGUUAUUAAUAAAGUUUUUAGCUUGGCUCCUUAUAAAGUUUAUUUCGAAGCUACAGGCAUGUUGUCUUCACGAGGGAAUUCAAAAAGUUCAAAGCCACAGCCUGAGGCGACAUUGCUUAAACAAGAGCCGGAAAUUCAAAACUGUGAUCUAGAACCAAAUUCAGGUGAAAGUGACCUCAGCUUGAAACAAGACACCCAAAUGUCACCAGCUAACAGUGACGGUCCAGUUGAAAUGCCAGAGAUUGUAAAGAUCAAAAAAGAAAAAUUGGAUCCAGAUGAAGCGGCUUGUCAGUCGGAAAUGAAACUAAGCAUUGCUGAGGAGAUGAAUCAUCAGGCGGACAGUUCUGAGGUCAAAGAAGAGCAAGGGGAGCCAGACACGAGUACAUCUGACUCUCUUCCUUGUCAUGUUGUAGUAAAGAGUGACUUUGAAGAAGAAAGCAAUCCUUUCUUAGUAGAAAAGUCUGAAUCUUUAGCCACAUGCAAGUCUGAGAUUGCUGUGAAAGACAACAUGGACUACUUUCCAGUUCCUACGUUGCCCUCAACACCUCCAUUGCCUCCUCCGUUGACUAAAUUCUCCCUCACUAAAAUCCCACCUCAUUGCCUGAAAUUGGCCAAUUUUAAAAUAGUCAUCCCUGAGGUCCUGAAAGCUCCAGUAACCCAACCUGUUGAGGUUCCUCAGUCUCCACUGGAGGCCAAGCCAAUUAUAAGUAGCAGCAAACAUGCCCGUCAUCAGUUUAUGGAGCUUCAUCAGUCUCUCUGUAGACUCCUAUACUGCUGCGUUAAUCGAACCCCAUGUCAGGAGCUCAGGGACUGGUUAUGCAGACUGGACCUUCGAGAAUCAGGCAAAGAUCAGAAGGUGUCUUGUCUCUUGGGCUCGAAAAUGAGGGAAGUAUGGCUAAAAGGUGAUGAGAUGGAGGUGGCUCUUAAAAAGGUGGUCUUCCAACUUCAAAAGUAUGUUGAAAGCCGCGAAUGUCCCUUUCCUCAUGUCAUGAGGGCCGGUGCGGUGUUCGUUCCCAUGUUGGUGGUCAAAGAGGUGCUGUUUCCUCAGGUUCAAGGCGCAUUCAUAGACCAGGUCCUGCAGGAGCAUCGGGUGGAGCUCAGGCCCACCACCCUCACAGAGGAGAGGCAGCUGAUUCAGCUCCACAGAAAGGCCUUCUCUUCCAAACUAAGAAGACUUCUGUCCCUUAAACAUCUUCCAGAUAUAUACCCUGAUGUCCUUAACCUUCUCUACCAUGCCAAUGUCUGCAAGUUCCUUGGAGUAGAAACCAGCUUAACGUUCAAGAGCGAGAACACGGACAGCUCCGAUGAAUCAGCCGGUCGUGUGAAUGGCGCUGAAGAAUUCUUCCUCGAGUCCUCCAGACCUCUCACACCAGAAACCACAUGUGUGGACAAGCUGGAAAAACUAUUUUGCCUGAAGAGAAAGAAAAAGAAAGAGAAAGGCAGAGUAAAGAUUUCCUCCAAGAGGACAUUUUUAGAGGAGACCAGUUCAUCAUCACAAGAGGAUGAGUUCACUGAGGAACCGGCGAGGUGGAGCGUCGUCAGUUCCUUAGAGAGAGAUGAAUGGGAAGUGUCUCCUGUGACUUCCAAUGACAGUGGACCACAUGUGGAGGUAAAGAUCGAAGAUGAAACCCAUGAAGAGCCUGAGAACUCUGCCUGGGGGCGACCUUUGACCUCUGAUGACUUCUCUGAUAGCACCGAUGAAGAGACGGAAAGCACGUCAUUGAUGUCUUUUCAGAGCCGCAGAUCCAGCUCAGCAGAAUCUCAGGGCUUGUCCAAAGGGCCCUCCAGCAUGGUCCUCAAGCUGAGGAAGGUCUUCUACAAUAAGGGUCACGGGGGUAGAGUCACCCGCUACCAGAAGGUCACAGAUUCUUUGGAAGCUCCGGCAAGGUUCAGAUGCACAGACAGCGACCAUUACAGAAAAAAGAAAAACAAAUCAUCCCAGCACAAAGGAUGCCGCACGGACAGGGAGUUUUCCUUCAGUUCGUAUUCUCAAAGCCAUCCGUUCCUCUCCAAAAAACACAGACGCAGAUGGGUCCUGCGCUCCGCCGUGCAGUCUGCCCGUCUGGUCAUGGAGAACAGAUAUCCUGACCUGGUGGGAAAGAGGAUUCGGCAUUUGUAUGAGGAAAAUGACAAAACAGAAGUGUGGUACAGAGGAGUGGUGCUGCGCAUCCAUGAGCCACAUACAGACCCACUGAAAACUGUGUUUGAAGUCAAAUAUGAUAGUGAGCCCGAGUGGCAGUACUAUCUUGAGCUGCUCUUAGACUAUAAGAAAGGAUGGUUGAAAGUGGAGGACUGAUUAUUGACUGUAUUAAUGUUUUAAUUUUCACCUGAGAACUGAAUUCAUUCAAAAAUGUGAAUAUGCUUUGAAUUGAUGAGCAGCGAAGCAGUCAAAAGUCUUGAAUUAUUCUUUGCAACCCAAAAACUUGACAUAACAUGAUAUUGUUGUAUGUAAGCAGUGUAUGUUCAGUUUCAACUCUCCUUUGUGUUUCUGGUGUCAAUAAUGUUUCAGUUGCUACUGUGAAGUUGUUGCCCUUUUUCUAACGCCGAGUUGUUGGCAAACAUUUCCAACAGGUGACAUGUCGGUAACCGUGUUUAAGCUUUCCAUGUAAUUGGAUGGAAGGGAAUGCUGUAUAGCAAGAUGUUUAAUUGUUUACAGAAUUAUUUUACAUUGGCUGCUGUCACGUGUUAUAUACCUGAUUUUUAACACCUUUGGAAAAAUUAAAUCUAUUUGGGUUGUUCAAAUUCAUCAGUGCCUUUUUUUAUUAACGUACAGCACAUACAUUUAAGUUAAAAAAAGGUAAUUGCA